CGUGGGGCUGAAGGUGCCACCAUGUGGUCCGUCUUUUUUAUCCUCUUGUCUUAUCUGGACAGAAACGUAGUCCAGCCUGACUCGGUGACACGCGCUUUGGAUGGAGACAAGCACACGCGCAACGGCACUGUGUGCGCAAUAAUCUCACGCGUGGGGGAGAAUUUCCUUUACAGGGUGUCCGGCGGAGGUGAGGAGGUGCGCUCUCUGGUCAGCCCCGCCGGGAAGCUGCUGGACUGUUCCGUCACAGUGGAGCAGACGCGCGCGGAACCGCUCGUGCGCACGUGCAGGAUGGAACAAAGAGCCGAGCGGCACUUGUUGGAGACACCUUUUGCGCGCGUGGAUGAAGCCAAACUGAUGUGUGAGGAGUUCAGAAAGAGCACAAAAGGCGACGCUGCGCGGCACGACGCGGCUGUGAAACGAUCCAAGCGAGGUUUUACUUAUCCGGGCACGCUGUGGUGCGGAGCUGGCAACAUGGCUGAUGGAUACGAGCAGCUGGGAGACUUUGCGGAGACCGACAGCUGCUGCCGCACGCACGACCACUGCCCGCACGUCAUCCACGCGUUCUCCUCCAAGUACGGACACACCAACUUCAAAUGGCACUCCAUCAGCCACUGCCACUGUGACAACACGUUGAAAGCGUGUUUGAGAAAAGUCAACGACACGUCUUCCAGGGUGGUUGGUCAAGCGUUCUUCAACGUGAUCGGCGUGCCUUGUUUUGAGUUAGUUUAUGAAGACCAGUGUGCCGAGCGGCACUGGUACGGUCUGUGUAAACGGUACGAGAAGCGUCCCGUCGCUGUGGUGGAAGAAGCUGUCCCAUAUGACUUUGGCGGUAUUGAUGUCAUUGACAAGCUGACGGUGGCGCCACCUAAAAUAAAAAUUUCAAAGCAAAACCAGCAGGAGAAACCGGAGACAAUGACUCAGAGCAGCCGGCCCGAGGAGCCGUCCCUCGGAAACGUGGUCACCGCCCCCGAGGAGCUCCUCAAAGUGCUCACUACCGUCUCCACUUCACGAAGCUUGGCCACUGAUCCUGCUAAGGGUGACGUGCAAGCCUCCGAAAAGAAGAAACAGAAGAACACAGAGAAGAAGAAAAAUGGCAAAAAGCGAAAAGGAAACGGCAGGAAGAGGAAACAGAAGGCAAAGGCGGGUGAUAAAACUGAGGAAGGAGUCGGUGCUUCCUCGUCUCGCAACAAAGCUGAAGAAGCCGUCGGUAAUUUCAUUAAUGAGUCCGACAAGCAAGACUACUCGAGUCGAACAAGAAGUGGCAUCAGUUACAGUGAAUAUGAGCUGAGGGGAAAAGAAGAGCCGCGGAAUGAAGUCAUGGAAGAUGAACCGACAAUGGAUAAGGAGACGGUUUCCAUAACAACACCAACAAGAGUCCAGAAGAAGCUAACAGGAGAGGAUCCGCUAACAAAUACUAUCGCUACAUCAGCAAGCAUGAUGAAGUCCCCUGGAACAAAAGCAGAGGUCAAGAGGGCAAAAAAGGAGGGAAGAAAGAAGAGCAAAAAGCUUUAUUCCCCUGUACUGAAUAUUUCUAAAAAAGAAGAGUCAACAGUCAACUUCAGCGCCACCAUCAUUAGCAUAAACCCAAGAGCACAGACUGAGCGACAAAGCCGACCUGUCGACGUCACCCCCGUUGGAAUUCCCAAAGCCAAAAGGAAGGGGUCAAAGGAGAGAGCAGACAGAGGGGGGAGGAAAAAAAGGAGGAAAGUCGGUGCACCUUCACCCACUGUGGCUGCUGCUGGAGAACAAUUCUAUGCAGAUCAUUUGGAAGUGACCCCUCGCAUUUGGGCCCCGAACACACCAUCAGUCCAAAGCACAGAGGGACGGGGUUCACAGAAUACGAGUCCAAACCCUUUGUCUAAAGACGUGAGAACCAAAAGGCAAAGGUCAAAAGGGCCGAGCGAUAGAAGGAGGCAAACGGCAAGCAGAAGUACGAUUUUCCAAUUUAGCGCCAGAAACAGGUUGCUUGAUCUGCAGAGUCCACAGGCGAGCGGCGCCAAAGUCACAGCUGCAAACAGACCUACAUGGCAACCUGAGAGCCACGGCGAGCGGAGACAUCUUACCGCCAUCACUUCUGACAUGACAAACACGCUGAUGGCAGGAGAGGUGAAGAAACAAAGACGGAAAGCUGCUAUCGGAGAGAGACGUCCGAUUCCUGAAGGAAAUCAAACUGAACAGAAACAAACCACCUUCACAGCAGCAGCACCGUCUGAAGCUGCUGACGCUGAAGAGCGCGAUGUAAAGCCGACGCCUUGCACGACCACCUCAGCCACACUCCUCAGGAGUCGGGCAGAGUUGUCUAUUGAGAGAGCAAAGGCACAGUUUGUUAGGAAAAAGGGAAGGAAAGCGGCGCUGUCAGUCAAACAGUGA